GACAGCGUUUUCGUCUUACCCACGGGUCUUACCCUCCCUACGUCUGAUUUCUUUGCUCUUGAUAUGAGGCAGUUUUCGGCUUUACAUUUUACCAGUUGAAACAAAAAUCAUUGAGUUAUUGAUAUUAAACUAUGCCAUCGGACAAUAUUUUAUUGAAAAUCUGGAACCCAAAAAAUCCUCACGAUGAGGUUGCCAUUUCUUUUAUUGAUAAAAACAAACUACAAAAUGAAACUAGUAAAGAUAGGUUAAAACAAAUGUUCAUUCUGGAUGAAAAUGGCUGUGCAAGCAAGGAGAUAGCAACCGUCAUUCAAUUGUCUUUAGCAAGUGCCAUGGGUGGUUAUUUAAUCGGUGGAGUUGCAAGAUCCAGAGUCUCAUAUAUAAAUUUUAUGGAAAACAAUCAAGCCACACAGUUUAUAAAUCAUCUCGAUGCCAAGCGGAAGCUCUCUCGUGAGAUGUAUUUGGCUUUUACAAAAGGUGGUUUUUCAUUGGGCUGGCGAGUUGGUUUGUUCACGUUCAUAUUUUCAUCCAUUUUGACAAGUGUAGCGACUUAUCGUGGCAAAGACGCGAUACUAGAAUACUUCAUAGCUGGUGGGGUGACAGGUGGUUUGUUCAAAACAAAUAUGGGUCUUAAGGGGAUGGUAACAGGGUCCGUCUUCGGAGCAGCUUUGGGUACAAUAGCUGGAGGGCUGUCCGCUCUGACCUUGAAGUUAGGUGGUGUUUCAAUGGAAGAUAUAAGGAACUUUUCGAAACUUAUGCACGACGCCAGAGAAAAUGCUAAACUCGAAGCGCAAAAGAAAUAUAUGGCCAAAGAAUUUGAUAUGGCGCAGAAAACUGCAAAGGAAAACAGCAGAGCCGAGCAAGAAUUUUUAGACAUGAAAGUCCAGGAAGAGUCAGCAAAAUCUUAGGCUGCUUUCGAAAGCCUGAUUUAUCAUUCUUGGUCUUUGUCAUGAUGCGAAGUUAUGACAAUGGAUUCAUAGAAUAAUAAUUUAUGGAUCAAAGACUAAGGGAAUAAAAUUUUUCAAAUGAAA